UUAUUUUGUCACUGUGAUGGAUAGUCCUAAGAGAGGAUUAAAUUGGACUCGCAAGAAACCUCAGAAGCCAUGUGAUUAUUGUUGAAUACAAAAGCCUGCAAAGGCAAUGUGUGAACGGAAAUGUUUAAUGGGGCCUGCAAGAAGCCUGUUAAGCUAACAGAACAAUCAGUUAAUGGACAACGAAAUUACCAUAUUACCCUUGAACAGCCAGGCAGACAUGUUGACGUUCUGGCAGCUUAUUCCCAUUUAUAAUAGUGUGUGUAUCUAUCUAUAUAUAUAUAUAUUACUAUCUAAGAAGAGGGAAUAAGCACACACCUGGGCAUCAACAUUUGUGCUUCUUCAGAUUGACUUUGCAUUAGAGGGUAUUUCUGUCAUUUCAAACUUUUCCCUUUACACCCGCUCUCUGUAUUGCUUCACCUCUUUGUUUCUCCAUUCUGCAAAGUAACGCCAUCACCAAACACCUCCGUACUCUCUCUGUCUGUCUCCUUUUGUUCUUAACUUUGCACUUCAGUGGAUUUUAGAGCUUAUUCUUAUCUCAGGGUUUUACUUCAAAAGUCCCAAUUUCUUCGAAAUCAAUGGCUAAUGCAAAAGCGCCAACAAGGGUUACUAACGGGUCUGUCGAAAAAAUGUAUGCUCAAAGGCAUACAAAGCAAAAGCAUAAACCCCUUCCAAGACGGAAAUAUGAAGUUCCCAAAUCUAACAAAACCAAAGGUGAUGCACAAGCAAAGAAUCUUAGAAAACUAGUGGAGGAACAACCAAUGGAAGCAGAUGAGGAGAUGGAAGAGGUGGCGGAGAAGGUAUUUUCUGAUUUGGAGUCCAAUCUCUCCAAAAGGCAGCAAGAACUUUUCUCCAAAACUAUCUUUGAAAAAUUCCUUAGUAUGUAGCACUUUGAAAUAACUGCACAUAUGUUUAGAUGUUUCAUCGUUAGAGAAUUAAGGAAAAGUAAACCAAAUGCUUUUCUUAUUGAAAUCAAUGGUUUUGUCUUGUGGUUUACCAUCCUGGAAUUUGCCAUAAUGUCCGGACUAAACUGUUAUGGUGAUGAAGGGGUUCACAUAGUUAAUGGAGAUAGUAAGAAUAGGCUUAUGGAUAAAUAUUUUACUGGAUACGAGACUAAUGUGAGAAAAAAUGAAUUGGAACUAUGCUUUAAGCAAAAAAAUAAGAACCUUGAGGAUGGGGAUGCAGUUAAGCUUGCGAUUUUGUAUUUUAACCAUUCAUACAUCUUGUCUGGUGAGCAUAAGUCUACAAUAAUUUCGAGGCUUCAUUUUGACUUGAUUGAGAAUGAGAAAUACAAAGAUUACCCAUAGGGUAAGGUAACGCUCAAUAAUUUGAUAAGAAGUAUUCACCAAAAGAUGACAUCCGAGUCAACGUUCUUCUGUCUUAGAGGUUUUCCUCCUGCUAUGCAAGUUUGGUUAUACGAGACAUGUUCCAGUGUGUAUCUCAACUCGGCCAUUAAGCGUGGGAAUUCGAUUAUGAGAAUUCUAAAUUGGAGAACCAUUGAAAAUCAACCAACUUACUCAUCUUUAAUGAGUGGAAUGUUUAGAGAUGACAACUCACCGGUAAGUUUCUUCAUUUAUUUUAUUUUUUGUUCAUAGUUGAUGCAUUUUCAAGUAAUUACAUAUGUAUACAAAUGUAUUUAUCUAUUUUAUUAGUUGUUCUAGUGGGUGUUUGUUGUGUUCCUUUUUCUGUUUUGGGGUUAUGCUGUUUAAUCUUGUUUGUUUAUUUUCUUGAAUUACCGCUGUGAGAAUAUAGUAUUAAAAUUGGUAUU